GCUACCCCUGAGUCUUGAACUGGUUUUCCAUGGGCGGGGUUGAUACCGCUGGACUAUGGAGGUGGUGGCCGUGGCCAUGGCCAUGGCCCUGGGGCUCCUGCUACUGGCCGUGCAGGGUGCCCCGGCCCGAGACGAGGCCCGGGAGGCAAAGGCCGUGCGGGAGCUACUGGUCCGGCUGCUGGGGCCCGGGCCAGCGGCCGCCUUCUCGGUGUCGGUGAAGCGCUCCCUGGCGGCCGAGUCCGGCCUGGACACCUACCGCCUGAGCGGCGGCGGCUCCGGGGCGCAGGUGCGGGUGCUCGGCUCCACAGGUGUAGCUGCUGCCGUGGGGCUGCACCGCUACCUGCGUGACUUCUGCGGCUGCCACGUGGCCUGGUCGGGCUCUCAGCUGCACUUGCCGCAGCCGUUGCCUGCCUUGCCGGAGGAGCUGACCGAGGCCACGCCCAACAGGUACCGAUAUUACCAGAACGUGUGCACACAAAGCUACUCCUUCGUGUGGUGGGACUGGGCCCGAUGGGAGCAGGAGAUUGACUGGAUGGCUCUGAAUGGCAUCAACCUGGCGCUGGCCUGGAGUGGUCAGGAGGCCAUCUGGCAGCGGGUGUACCUGGCCUUGGGCCUGACCCAGUCAGAGAUCGAUGAGUACUUCACUGGCCCUGCCUUCCUGGCCUGGGGGCGCAUGGGCAACCUGCACACCUGGGGUGGCCCCCUGCCCUACUCCUGGCACCUCAAGCAGCUUUACCUGCAGCAUCGGAUCCUGGACCGAAUGCGCUCCUUCGGCAUGAUCCCCGUGUUGCCGGCAUUCGCAGGGCAUGUCCCCAAGGCUAUAACCAGGGUGUUCCCUCGGGUCAAUGUCACCCAGAUGGGCAGCUGGGGACACUUCAACUGCUCCUACUCCUGCUCCUUCCUUCUGGCUCCGGAAGACCCCCUGUUCCCUACUGUGGGGAGCCUCUUCCUGCGGGAGCUGACCAAAGAGUUUGGCACCGAUCACAUCUACGGGGCCGACACUUUCAAUGAGAUGCAGCCCCCGUCCUCAGAGCCCUCCUACCUUGCGGCAGCCACUGCCGCCGUCUACCGGGCCAUGACCACAGUGGACCCUGACGCUGUAUGGCUCCUCCAAGGUUGGCUCUUCCAGCACCAGCCUCAGUUCUGGGGCCCUGCGCAGGUGGGGGCAGUGCUCAGGGCAGUGCCCCGUGGCCGCCUCCUGGUUCUGGACCUGUUCGCUGAGAGCCAGCCCGUGUACCACCGCACAGCCUCCUUCCAGGGCCAGCCCUUCAUCUGGUGCAUGCUGCAUAACUUUGGGGGCAACCACGGCCUGUUCGGGGCCCUGGAGGCUGUGAACCGAGGCCCCGCAGCCGCCCGCCUCUUCCCCAACUCCACCAUGGCAGGGACGGGCAUGGCGCCUGAAGGCAUCGGCCAGAACGAAGUGGUCUACGCCCUCAUGGCUGAGCUGGGCUGGCGGAAGGAUCCCGUGACAGAUUUGGGGGCCUGGGUGACCGGCUUUGCCGCCCGGCGGUAUGGGGUCUCCCACGGGGGUGCGGAGGCGGCAUGGAGGCUGCUUCUCAGGAGCGUCUACAACUGCUCCGGUGACGCCUGCACGGGCCACAAUCGCAGCCCGCUCGUCAGGCGGCCAUCCCUCCAGUUGGUUACCGCGGUCUGGUACAACCGAUCAGACGUGUUUGAGGCCUGGCGGCUGCUGCUGACGGCCGCCCCCACCCUGGCCACCAGCCCGGCCUUCCGCUACGACCUGGUGGACGUCAGUCGCCAGGCGGUCCAGGAGCUGGUCACCUUGUACUACGAGGAGGUGAGGACUGCCUACCUGAGCAAGGAGCUGGUUCCCCUGCUGAGGGCAGCAGGCAUCCUGGCCUACGAGCUUCUGCCCUCACUGGAUGGCAUACUGGCCAGUGACAGCCACUUCCUGCUGGGCAGCUGGCUGGAGCAGGCCCGGGCCAUGGCGGUCAGUGAGGCCGAGGCCCGCUUCUAUGAACAGAACAGCCGCUACCAGCUGACGCUUUGGGGGCCAGAGGGCAACAUUCUCGACUACGCCAACAAGCAGCUGGCGGGACUGGUGGCCGAUUACUACACCCCCCGCUGGCGCCUCUUCCUGGACAUGCUGGUUGAGAGCCUGGUCCGAGGGGUCCCUUUCCAACAGCAGCAGUUCGAUAAAGACGCCUUCCAGCUAGAGCAGACCUUUGUCCUCAACACGCGGAGGUACUCUGACCAGCCCCAAGGUGACACUGUGGACCUGGCCAAGCAGCUCUUCCUCAAAUACUACCCCCGGUGGGUGGCUGGCUCCUUGUGACAGAUUAACCACCCCUGGGCCAUAUGCCCCCCAGGCCUGGGUGAAGGAACUCCAGACCUGCCAGUCAGAUGGGGGGAAGGAGAUUUGGAGGGGAGUGAGCUGCCCUCCCCCACCACCCCAAAUUGGGGGUUAAGGUACUGUUUUAAUACAACUAAUUAAACUGGUGAAUCUCC